AUGUUAAACAAAGCUAUCGAAAUAAAUACCCUCACCUCGCCCCUACACCUAACAUCAUGCAUAAUCCUUGUAUUCUUUAUCCUUUCCUACCCAAUCUUAACCUCCCUCUCCCCUAAACCUCUAAAAACCGAUUGAGCCAUCAGUCAUGUAAAAAAAGCAGUAAAACUGGCCUUCUUCACCAGCCUCCUCCCUCUCUUCCUAUUCUUAAAUCAAGGCACAGAGACAAUUAUAACUGACUGAAAAUGAAUAGGCACAGACACCUUCAAUCUCUGCAUCAGCCUUAAAUUUGAUUUCUUCUCAACUAUCUUCACCCCAAUUGCCCUAUUCGUAACAUGGUCCAUCCUAGAAUUUGCCUCCUGAUACAUACAUACAGACCCCAACAUAAAUCGUUUCUUCAAGUACCUACUAAUUUUCCUCAUCGCCAUGAUUAUUCUUGUAACUGCAAACAAUAUAUUCCAACUUUUUAUCGGCUGGGAAGGAGUUGGAAUCAUAUCAUUUCUUCUAAUCGGGUGAUGAUACGGCCGAACAGACGCUAACACAGCAGCUUUACAAGCAGUCCUCUACAACCGAGUUGGAGAUAUUGGACUAAUCUUCACAAUAGCAUGAUUUGCUACUAACCUAAACUCAUGGGACCUACAACAGGUAUUCACUGCCUCCAAAGACAUAGACCUAACAUUUCCCCUCUUAGGACUAAUCAUUGCCGCCACCGGUAAGUCAGCCCAAUUUGGCCUACACCCAUGACUUCCAUCCGCUAUAGAAGGCCCUACUCCUGUGUCUGCUCUACUUCACUCAAGCACAAUGGUUGUUGCAGGCAUCUUCCUCCUUGUCCGAAUAAGCCCUCUUUUAGAAAAUAAUCCAACAGCUCUCACCACCUGCCUAUGCCUCGGAGCACUAACCACUUUAUUUACUGCAACUUGCGCUCUAACCCAAAAUGACAUCAAAAAAAUCGUUGCAUUCUCAACAUCUAGCCAACUCGGACUAAUAAUGGUCACAAUUGGCUUAAACCAGCCUCAACUUGCCUUCCUACACAUCUGCACCCACGCCUUUUUCAAGGCCAUGCUAUUCCUUUGCUCCGGCUCCAUCAUCCACAGUCUGAACGACGAACAAGACAUCCGAAAAAUAGGUGGAAUAAACCACCUCGUACCAUUCACAUCAUCUUGCCUUACCCUAGGCAGCCUUGCCCUCACAGGUACCCCCUUCUUAGCCGGCUUCUUCUCCAAAGAUGCCAUUAUCGAAGCACUAAACACAUCCUACCUCAACGCCUGAGCCCUCGUUCUAACUUUACUAGCCACCUCUUUUACAGCGGUAUACAGCCUACGAAUCGUAUUCUUUGUUUCCAUAGGAAACCCCCGAUUUACCCCGCUCUCUCCCAUUAAUGAAAAUAACCCCACAGUAAUUAACCCCAUCAAACGACUAGCCUGAGGCAGCAUCAUCGCCGGUCUCCUAAUUACAUCUAAUGUCCUUCCAAUAAAAACGCCAGUUAUGUCCAUGCCGCCCCUCCUAAAACUAGCAGCCCUCACUGUUACCCUCCUAGGAGUACUAACCGCCAUCGAACUAGCCUCCCUCACCAAUAAACAAUUUAAAACUACCCCUAACCUAACUGCACAUCACUUCUCCAACAUACUAGGUUUCUUUCCUGCCAUCAUCCACCGACUCACCCCUAAACUUAACCUUGUUCUAGGGCAAACCAUUGCCGCUCAAACAGUAGAUCAGACAUGAUUAGAAAAAACUGGCCCCAAGGCAAUCGUCUCCCUCAAUGAACCUCUAAUCAAAACUACCAAUAAUAUCCAACAAGGCAUAAUCAAAACCUACCUCUCCCUGUUCUUCUUCACCCUUGCCAUAGCACUACUCCUCCUACUAACUAGA